UGAGAUCCAGAAUCAAGCUAAGUAGCAAAUCCAUCGUGCAGCAAUGGCGGCAGCUGACCUUCUCCUGCCUUCCAAGAGGCAAGAGAAUAACCCCAGUUGUCUGGGAACCUUGUCAGUCCUUCCGGCCACGGCAACUGCAGACUGGUCCUCGCUCCAGCCUGACAUAGUCCGCCACAUCGCCAACUCCUUCCUCACCACCGACGACGUCGACUGCUACAUGGACUUGCGCGCCGUCUGCCACAUCUGGCGCUGCGCCACCGACGACCCCAAGGACGACACUUCAGACCCUCGGUUCCUCCCGUAUCGGUGGAUCAUCCUGAACGACGCCUUUCAGAGUGGCACGCGUCGCCUCUUGGUCAACACCAACACUGGCCGGUUCCUCCACAGGGAGCUCCCAUUGCUCCGCGACUACUAUGUCAUAACCACCACUCUCACCGGCUUCUUCAUCCUGGCUGAUAGGAGCCCUCCUCAUGCCGCUCAUGUAUUCAACCCUCUCACCGGCGGCACCAUCCCAUUCACGGUGCCUGUGCCGCCCGAGGCCUGACCAGUUUGAAGUCGAAGACCAUAAGUUUCCGGUUUAUAGUUUCAUCUGAAGGGCAGUCGUCGUAGGUGGUUUGAUCGGUCGUUGGUGGGGAUCAGCCGGAAUGGCUGACGCCUGACGUGAUUCGCAAGAUCUUGGGUGUGGCAUAGUCGCUCCGUGCUCAUCCAUUGAAGUUUUUUUCCGCUGAUCCUCCUGAGAUGGGUUCUGCAGACAACGCCCGGUGUUUCCUAAUGGACUUUGGUGGACAUCUGCUGGCCAUCAUCAAGGGACAAGGACUCAUCCAGGUUUUCAAGUGCGAUGACGAGAAUGGCACACUUUCGCAUGUGAAGAGCAUCAUCAAGCAUGACAUCUUCAUUGGUCACCAUAGGUGCCUAGCUGUGAACACCGAUAUGUUCCCAUCGAUUGAGGCAAACUGUAUUUACUAUACUGAACACCUGGGUUCCUCUGCUUGUAUCUGGAAGUUCAACAUCGAGGACAGGAAAGUAGAGACGGUCUCGGAAGCUGUUGAUUUUGCGAAGAAGGACAAGCAGUUUGUCCUCGUCGCCGACCGUCCUUUCACGAUCAUCCAGCUUCUCUCGAGCUACACCAUCAACAUCCAGGAUUCUGAACUGGCCUUACAACAGAUCACAUAAGGCGCCGCCGAUGAACUGGAUGAUUAAGCCUAUGGUAUGCAUUGCUAAGAAAUG